AGUCGUUUUGUCUCGAGGUAGAUGGGCCCCACGUGCUUAAUGACCGGCCAUGUGCCAGGACCGUCGCGCUCAGGCCUGCACUGACCUGCAGAACCCUCGAGCCCUCGCCCCGGGGCCGGGAUGGCGGAGGACGGCGCGGGUACCCCGAUCGCCCAGCUCGUCCGGACCGAGGCGGCUCCGGAGAAUCUGCCCGCGGCGGUCACAUUCACGGCGCAGAGCACAUCGGCGUCGGUCGGCCGCCUCGAGACGAACAACGUCGUGCUGAACGACAAGAAGAUAUCCAAGGUGCACUGCAGACUCACCUUGCGGACCUGUAAGCAGAAGGGCGUGGAUAAUGGGGAGAUCCUGAAGCGAGUCUUCAUCAAGGACUCUUCGUCCUUUGGCACCUACGUCAAUGGUACGCAGCUCCAAAAGGAGCAGUGGGUCAUGCUCCAGGAGGGCGACGUGAUCGGCCUGCGCAAGCCGCACAGCCCCACUACCCCAGGGGAGUACCGCACCACCUAUCGGAGCGACGCCAUGGCUGCCGCCGCGGCCCCGGCCGCCGCUGCGGCCGCCGCUGCGCCUGCCGCUGCGGACCCCUUCCGCCCACCGGCGUCGGGCGAAACCGCCCAGCCGGAGAGGAGGC